GGAAUAGAAACUGAGAAAGAGAGAUGGAAAGGGGGUAUUGCUCCAGGGAAGUGCUGCCAUUUGCAGCCAUGGUUGCAGUAGAAUGCUUCAAUGUUGUCAUCAACAUUCUGUUCAAAGCAGCAACUCUGAAGGGGAUGAACUUUUAUGUCUUCAUUGCCUAUGCUUACACAAUUGCCAAUUUUGUUCUCUUACCUUUCCUCUUCCUCUUUCGCAGCUCAGCAGGUCUUCCUUCAUUCAAGUUCCCACUCAUCUCCAGAAUAUGUCUACUUGGCUUUAUUGGGGUUUUCAGCCAGAUAUUGGGAUAUAAAGGUGUAGAGUAUAGCUCUCCAACACUUGCUUCUGCCAUCAGCAACCUCACACCUGCUUUUACCUUCAUUAUUGCCAUUUUUUUCAGGAUGGAAAAGGUAGCAUUCAGAAACUCAAGUACUCAAGCAAAAAUCAUAGGGACUAUAAUCUCUAUAUCAGGUGCCUUGGUGGUUGUUCUCUAUAAAGGCCCAACUGUUUUUUACUCUGCAUCAUCCGUUUCCCUUCAAUGGCCUCUGGGGACAUCACUGUCAAAUUGGGUCAUUGGCGGUCUCUUCCUAGCUGCUGAUUACCUUUUUCUUUCAGUGUGGUACAUUGUUCAGACCCAAGCAAUGAAGAUCUACCCGGCAGAGUUCAUGGUAGUCUUCUUAUACAAUAUUUGUGGAACCAUUAUAUCUGUGCCAGUAUGCUUCAUAGCUGAACCAAACCUGAGUUCUUGGAUUCUAAGACCUAGUGUAGCAAUUGCUGCAGUCAUAUACACGGGGUUUAUUGGAGCAUUUAUCACUACCGUACACACAUGGGGUUUACAUUUGAAGGGACCUGUGUACAUAGCAAUUUUUAAGCCCUUGUCAAUUGUCGUUGCAGCUCUCAUGAGUGUUGUGUUCCUUGGUGAUGCUCUGGAUCUUGGAAGUGUAAUUGGAGCAGUGGUGAUAUCCAUUGGAUUUUAUGCUGUAUUAUGGGGAAAGUCAAAAGAAGCAUCAAUGGUGGAUGACUAUAUGAUUGAGAGCUCAAUAGCAACCUCAUUCGACAAUCAGCUUCCUUUGCUUCAAGGCUGUAAAGUUGAAAAUAUGUAGCUUAAAUAUCAGGCAAUGAAAAACGUCAGAAUUC